GUGUGUGGUUUUUGUUUCUGGUUCUGGAUGAAAUGACGACUGACGGAUUGACAUGUUAAAUGUGUGAUGUUUGAUAACGAUUGGUAAUUAAUAUUUUCAGUUUAAAGUAAUUUGGAAUAAAUAAUUUUUCUUAGCCUUUCAAUUACUUCGUUAAGACUUUAAUUCUUUCAACAUGUAACGGUUUGAAAUUUUUAAUCAAAUUUCCUACAAACUCAACAUUCCUUUGACAAUUCAAAUUAUUUGUACGUUUUAAUUAAUAUUAUCAUCUAAAAGAGCUACCAUGAGCUCUGAUACAACAGCUCGUAAAGGCCAGAAAAAGUCAUCUGAAGGCCCUGCUCGUCGACCUCACAAGGCCAAUGCACAGUCCAAGCCCUCUGCUGCUAUAUUGGCUGCUAAACAUAAAGCAAGAGCUAGGCAAAUGGCCAAGAAACAAGAGGACACAUUUUUCAUCAGAGAUGACUAUCAAGCUAUGUUUGACGUGAAGGAACAGUUUCGUGGACCAACAGGAGUCGUUUAUGAUGAUCGAAUGGUCGAAAAUAGAUGUCUUUGGGACUCAAACUAUCAGGAAUGUCCAGGAAGAUACACCAAGGUUAUGGAGAGAUGUAGAGAACUAGGUCUCCUGGACAGAUGUAAAUUGAUAGCAUCCAGAGAAGCCAGAGAAGAAGAAGUACUGUCUCUGCACAAGCAAGAGCACUUGGACAAACUCAAAGCAACUGAUGGGUGCUCUGAUAUCGAUCAACUUGAACUUUUAUCCUCGCAAUACGAUGCUAUUUACAUCCAUCCGAUGACCUACAGAUUAUCUCUGUUGAGUGUGGGCAGUACGAUUCAACUAGUUGAUGAAAUUUUGAAAGGAAACGUCCAGAAUGGAAUGGCAAUCAUCAGGCCACCAGGUCAUCAUGCGAUGAAAAGCGAGUAUUGCGGCUACUGCUACUUCAACAAUGUGGCAUUGGCAGCUGAGCAUGCACUCAACCAUUUGGGCCUCAAUCGGAUAUUGAUUGUGGAUUGGGAUGUUCAUCAUGGACAAGCAACUCAGCAAAUGUUCUACUCAGAUCCAAGAGUGUUAUACUUUUCAAUCCAUCGCUAUGAGCAUGGUACAUUCUGGCCUAACCUAAGGGAAUCUGAUUUCGAUUACACUGGUGACGGAGAGGGCAAAGGCUUCAACUUCAACAUUCCUUUGAACAAAAUCGGAAUGGCCAAUGCUGAUUAUCUUGCGAUAUUUCAACAGGUUCUACUUCCAGUUGCUACUGAGUUUCAACCAGAGCUAAUAAUAGUUUCAGCUGGCUAUGAUGCUGCUGUUGGAUGUCCAGAGGGUGAGAUGGAAGUAACACCUGCUUGCUACGCCCACCUUCUGUCCUCUCUCAGUGGUCUUGCCUCAGGAAAAAUCGCUGUUAUUUUAGAGGGUGGCUACUUUCUGAAGUCUCUGGCUGAGGGUGCUGCUCUCACUUUGCGUACACUUUUGGGUGACAGUUGUCCAACUAUCGAAUCCUUGCAGCCACCCAGCCAAAGUAUCACGGAGAGCAUAUUGAACGUAAUAUACAGUCACAGAAAAGAAUGGAAGUGUUUCCAGCUCCAGGACACUUAUUCACUGAAAGCCUUGCAACAAGAGAACAGACUAAUUGAUGAACGAACCCAGCAUCUACCUUUCAUUUUGUAUGAUUACAAGGAAGAAAAGCCAACUGUGUACAAAACAAGGGAUUGUUACCCCGUCCGGAGUGAAGAAACAAUUGCUCAUUAUCACGAUUUUCUCAAAAACGGCUCUAACGAGCCGAUUUUUUCAAAUCCAUACCCUGUAUAUUUCGUUUAUGAUCCCCUCAUGAUGGAACAUAGGAAUAUGUUUGACUCGCAUCCUGAAAGACCAGAGAGAAUAUCAAACAUUUAUGAAACGUUGAAACAGUACAAUGUCUUGGAGAGGAUGAAUCAUUUACCGAGUAGGAAAGCAACAGAAGAGGAGUUGUUGUUGGUUCACUCUUCAGAGCAUGUUGGACAGAUGAAAUCAGUUGGCAGUAUCCCAUUACCAGCAGAAGCCAAUGAAAAAGAAUGGCGCGAAUUAUCCAAAGAAGAAAGUUACAAAUCCAUCUAUUUGCACCCGAAAUCCUAUGACUCAGCUCUGUUGGCUGCUGGCUCACUUCUUCAGGUGGUGGACAGUGUGAUGAAUGGAGAAAGUGGUUCAGGGAUAGCAGUGAUAAGACCACCAGGUCACCACGCCGAAGAGUUCGAACCCUGUGGAUUUUGUAUUUUCAAUAACGUAUCCGUCGCAGCUAAAUAUGCAAUCACCAAGUACAAUUUGACUAGGGUUUUGAUAUUGGAUUGGGACAUCCAUCACGGCAACGGAACGCAGCACAUAUUCGAAGACGACCCACGAUGUCUAUAUGUAUCGAUACAUAGGUAUGACAAUGGCAACUUCUUUCCAAAUUCGACGGACGCUGACGCAUCAGUCGUAGGCAGUGGUGACGGCCGAGGCUACAAUGUGAAUGUUCCUUGGAAUAAGGGUGGUAUGACUGGAGCAGACUAUGUGGCUGCUUUCCACCAUAUUGUUCUCCCAAUCGCUUACCAGUACAACCCGCAACUAGUACUCGUCUCAGCCGGAUUCGAUGCAGCUAUAGCAGAUCCUCUUGGAGGUUGUAAAGUGUUGCCAGAAACGUACGCUCACCUAACACAUUGGUUGUCGUCGUUGGCCGGUGGGCGAGUCAUUCUGGCGCUUGAAGGUGGCUACAACAUCACGUCCAUUUCCUACGCCAUGACAGCCUGCGCCAAGUCUCUGCUUGGCGAUCCGCUGCCUGUCCUUGACGCAAGCAAUGGUGCAUGUCGGUCAGCGAUAACCUCCAUCAAACAAGUCAUACAGAUCCAGAAAGAAUUCUGGUCGUGUCUGGCGUUCCAUAAGAGUUUGCCAGAAGAGAACGUUCUGGAAGCAGGCUGCGCUGGCCAAAACGAAGUCGACGGUAAACCUGAGAACUCGUGUCAAGAACAGAACGAAACGGACGAUAUGAAGCUUGUAAGGCUGUCGUCGGUGAAGCUGCACGAAGGCAGUUGUGACGAUCUCACCGAUAGGAUGCAAACUCUGACUCUGGUCACCAACUGCGGCACCGGAGACAAUCCGAUGGGGAAGGAGGUUUGGCCGGCAGGCGGCAGCAGCAGCAACGCAACUCCCAGCUCCUCCUCGUCCACCAUGGAGGAGAGCGGCGCAGCUGGAGGCGCCAAUCAAACACUCACCGACUACCUCUCUGACAAUCUAGAGUUGCUUCUGUCAGAACAAAUGUUCGCCGUAGUUCCGCUUUCGAGCUGCCCUCACCUGCCCGAAGUGCGCCCUGUGCCCAGCACGGGCAUCGACAUCCAUGCACCCUGCUCUGACUGCACUUCAUCCAACGAGAAUUGGACUUGCCUCAUCUGCUAUCUGGUAUUUUGUGGACGUUUCGUAAAUGGUCACAUGGUCCAGCAUGGAGAUGAUAACAGACAUCCUCUAUGUUUGAGCUUCAGUGAUCUUUCGGUCUGGUGUUAUGGUUGUGAAGCAUAUGUUGACAACCCGGUACUAUUUCCUGCGAAAAAUGCUGCUCAUGUCAGUAAAUUUGGUACUGAGUUGACAUGGAGCUAUUCGUCGCCUAGGCCUGUCAACUAAUAAUUCGACGUCUUAUUUAAGGAAUCACUAUUAUAUUAAUAAUAAUUUAUUGUCACCAAAUUAAAUAAUUUAAAAUCUUCUUUAUGCUGUCCUUAAAAUAAAGUUCAUCAUUUUCAAUAACUGAAAUAAUUUCAUACUAAUUUGAAUAAUAAUAAAUUUGGAAUCCAUCAGUUUAUUCAAAUUCUAACAUUUUGGAAAUUCACUCUUUCUAAUAAUUUACUUCAUAAUUCAGCCUACUUAUAACCUACUAAUUGAAUUAUAAUGUUUCCAAAAAACAUUAUCUAAAACACCUUUAAAGAUGCAUAUUUUCUCAAAAGCCAUAGUUCUAAUAAUAUAUCUAUGUAGAAUAUUAAUGCAGAGUCAAUCUUGUUUUCUUUCUGCUCAGAUUCCUCACUUACGGUCAAUUGUUAUAGAGAAAAAAAUCAUACCAAAUUAUGAAAAGCAUUGCACGUUUGAUGUAACUUUUAUUUUAAUACGGUACGGUACUAUUUUAUAUCCUUUAACUUUGAGAAUUUUAUAAUCCAAAAUUAAAUGUGUACCGCGCGGACGAUAGUAAAUCUGACACGAUAAAAUCUUUUUACGAUAGUAAAAUCUGACACGAUUGCAUAGAUUACUGUAAUGUUCUCAAUAAAUAAUAGAAAACUGUGUACUUUUUUACUUGGUGUGUAAUUUCUGUACCUCAGAGCUAGAGGAGCGUGAGUUCAUUUCUUGACAAGAUGAUAUUUUUAGUGGGUCUUGUUCAGUUUUUCGAACUCUAUAGAUUAAAGAUAACAUAGGUCCUCAGCAUUUGAUUGUUUUGAAGCCAGAGCUGAAAGAGCGUAUGCAGAGCAAUGAUUCACAAGUCAAGUGUAAUGAUGAUUCGACUUACGCUCUUUUAGCCCCGGCUGGGAGUGAAAUACUUUUUGGGCUCUCCUAUAAAAGCAGCCGUUCGAGACUUACACCCUUCUAACUCUGAGGUGCAGAUUUGUGUUUUGACAUUUGUCUCUGUACAAUCGUAAAUUUG